GGUCGCUUUCUUAUAUCACAUUGUAAUUACCUAAAACCUCUAUCCCGAUGUACUCAUUCGCUUCUGUCGCUCUCACUAGCCUCCCCCUCUUCAAUCCUUCUCGAUCAACGGUAACGGCCUGUCCCUCCGAUAGCAGCCUGACCUGGUGCGCCGAUGGGAAUCUCAUCAAUGGCUUGUCCUCCUUCUGUUGCCCAUCGGGUACUGAGUUCGCUUCAUUGCUCCCGUCUUCCACUAGGGUUGCGCUUAAAAAACAUGACGCUGCUACUUUUUCCGACGAUGGUGCUACAUUUUCCGUGGUUGCUGCUGCUUCUUCUCCCUCGGCUUCAAGCAUAUCGACCACGUCCGUCGCAUCUUUCACUACGUCUGCUGCUUCCAACCUCUCUUCAACCCCUUCUUUGAGCCCCUCCGCACCCUCCUCGACUCCCUCCCCGAGCUCCUUUCCAACGUCCUCUCGUCCAGACACGAGAACCCUCGCCCUCGUCAUCGUCAUCGGUGCUCUUUCCCUCCUUACGAUUAUCGCCUUCAUUCUCUUCUGCCUCCGGCGAAGGCGCCAGAGCAGAUCUCGGCCGCAGACAUGGGCAAAAGCCGAGCUAGAUGGCACACAGGAAGCCCCUCCGGACCCAAUCCCUGAGCUCCCAGCUGAGAUGUCACCGGUGGAGGCUGGACAUGGUGAGACAUGGAAGAUGGAAGCGGAGAAUCCGGUCUAUGAGUUGCCGGCUGGGAGAUGGAGUCGGGUUGGGAGAUAUACCAGGGCAUCGGCGGGGCUGAGGAGUGGAAGAACUUCGGCGGGGUGAUGAAAGCACUAUGAGGGGAUUUUGUAGAACAUUCAGGAUGUGACGAUGGGAGUCUUUUGCUAGUGUUGAAGUGGAGCAUUCCUAUCAAAGCUCUCCCAAAUACUGAGAAAAAUCAAAGUCCGGAGACGGGUCGAAAUGGAGAGCCCAUUCUUCCUCUUCAAUACGGUGAUUGGAUGGGAGAAAGAUUUGCGCAUGACUGCUGCCACUUGGAUUGUAGUUUGCCGGAUCUGCAUCGGAGUGCCAACUAGAAGAAGGAUCUAGCGCAUCGUUUGAAAUAG